AGCAUGCCGUAGAGCUGCACUGACCAACUCAAAGUUUGCCGCGCAGUCAGGCGGAUGAGCAGCGCUGCGAAUCUGAAGCGCUUUCUGCAGGAAACAACAGCGGAGCGGACGGAGGCAAGAUGAAAUCCGCAGGGGUUGGCGAUGGAGGACUCUUCACAGAGAGCUACUGUAACAUCUGCAAUGCUCAGCUCAUCUCUGAGUCACAGCGUGUUGCGCACUAUGAGAGCAAGAAACAUGCCAACAAAGUGCGUCUAUUCUACAUGCUCCACCCAGAAGAUGGUGGUCCUCCUUCUAAAAGACUGAGACCAGACAAUCCGGACAGUGCUGAGAAUGAGGUGGACAGGAACAAAUGCUGCACACUCUGCAAUAUGUUCUUCACAUCUGCCAUCGUGGCUCAGUCGCACUACCAGGGUAAAACACAUGCUAAGAGAGUACGCCUUGUUCUGGGAGAGCAGCCCAGCUUACCUACCCCCACAGAUUCAACUGCAAGCACCCCUCAGACCACAGACCCACCACCACCACCUUCACCCUCAUGGCCCUCCAUGGGCAACAACGGAGAAGCAGGCAAGUACUGCUGCCUGUGUGGUGCCUGGUUCAACAAUCCACUGAUGGCCCAGCAACAUUAUGAAGGCAAGAAGCACAAAAGAAAUGCAGCGAGGGCACGGCUCCUGGAACAGCUGGCAGGCAGUCUGGAUGCUGCCGAGAGCACAGGCCUGCGCAGCAGUUACUCGUGCAGCAUGUGUAACUUGGUUCUGAACUCCAUUGAGCAGUACUAUGCACACCUCCAGGGCUCAAAGCACCAAAACAAUCUUAAACAACAACAUCAAGAAUGAAAGUUAUUGCUGGAUGUCUUGGAGGCACUGCUACUGAAGCACUGAUGAAAACAGGAAAUGGAUGUACUUGCAAGCAUUUGUGGAGCUGCACAGGCAUUAAAAAGACACCUCGGACAAUACCUCUAUCUCUCACUGAGUUUCUGAAUACCUUGGAGGCUCCUCGACUGUUUUGUGCUUUAUGUUUGUAUUCUAGGUCAGUGUAAACUCAACUGUCAUGAGCUGGGAAUAGACACUGUUAUCCUGCAGGACUACAGUAUGAACUUCAUGUCAGAUUGAUGUCAAUAUGCGUUACAGUGGUUCUGAAAAUCACAAUGGCAUUCAUUGUAUACAAGCACUGGCCUGAAAAGACAGGGUCACUGAGUAUUUUCUUACAUUCACAAAUUCUAUAUAAUUAAUAUAAGUAUGUAAUUAUCGAUAAUAUUUACAAUAUGUUCUUUAAAACCUGCAAUCACUGCUUUGGUGGACUGUUUAGGCAUUUCAGAAUGGAAAAAAAGCACAAAGAACAGGAGUCUGGUCUUUUAAUGACUGCAUAUUCUUCUGUAAUUGUCUUGCCUGUGUUUAAAUGUUGCUAGUAAUGGUCAGUGGUAAAGCAAAUAUACUGCUUAUAUGGGAAUUAUAGCACAGAAUUGGACAAAGACAAGAUUCACACACGGAUCAAGUUUUCUCUUUAACAAACCUAUUCAGUAUAAACCAUAUUUAAUAUGAGGAAAACAUUCCUACAGUUCUCUGCAAAGAGUGGAUUUAGAACUACUGGGUGUAUGAAGAUCUGCCUUAUUUUCUGACCCAACAGAUUCAUCAUUACUAAUGUAAGUACUUUCCUUCAUAUUAGUGUUUAGAGGAA